UGUCAGCUGAUUAGAGCACAUCAGGUGCCGGUCUUGUGUUUGUUCUGGACUUCUGUCUAAGCGCCGUUUAUCGGCCCUUUUACCCGACAGGUGGCGAUGACCCGGAUCUAUCAGUGACAGGUCGAUCACACGAGCCGUCGGCUGGAUAUUACGCCACUACCUGGCUCCAGUAGGUAAGAGUGUGUCCGGAUUACAGAGAUGGCUCUGCUAAUGGAGCACCAGUUCAGGCAGAUGCCAGCUGACAGACAGGUGGAAACAAGACCGUUUCUGGAGGCUGUGUCAUACCUUCCACCCUUCUUUGACUGCCUUGGCUCCACCAUUUUUGCCCCAAUAAAGGCAGACAUAUCUGGGAACAUCACAAAAAUCAAGGCUGUUUAUGACACCAACCCAGGACGGUUCAAGACACUCCAGCAGAUUUUGGAGGCGGAGAAGGAAAUGCACGGAGCAGAAUGGCCCAAAGUUGGAGCCACGUUGGCACUUAUGUGGCUAAAAAGGGGUCUACGGUUUAUUCAAGUCUUCCUACAGAGUCUGGUGGACGGUGAAAAGGAUGAAAGCAACCCAAACCUCAUUCGAGUCAAUGUCACUAAAGCCUAUGAGAUAGCCCUGAAAAAGUAUCAUGGCUGGUUCGUGCAGCAGCUCUUCAAGGCAGCUCUUUUCGCUGCUCCAUAUAAGACAGAUUUCCUGAGGGCCCUCUCCAAGGGCCGCGACGUCAGGGAAGAGGAAUGCUUGGAAAAAAUCAGAAAAUUCCUCAUUAACUUCACUGCCACCGUUGAUGCUAUUUAUGAGAUGUACAAUAAGCUGAAUGCUGAUCUUGAUUAUAAAGUGUGACUGCGGGACGUUCCUUUUUCCUCCAGUGAUCCACUUAGUUUACAAAGUAAUUUACAUUCUGCAGUCUGCAGUCUACAUCUUGACAUGUCUCCCCUCAGGUCAUCUGACAGCUCACUGCGGGAGUGUAUUUAUAAUACUCUGUCGUUACACAUCAAAUAUUUGUGCACUUUUAAUCAUCUGUGUGCCUGUUCUGGCUUUCUCGUUCUGCCUUUUCCUCACUGUUGUCUGACUCUGAGGCAAGUUUCCCAAAGCAGCUGCAGGUUUAAACUCACUGUUUCUCUGUUCUCUAUUUGAAGAGUCAUGUUUCUUUACAGCAAAAGCAACAAUAUUGACAGAUAUAAUGUGCUUCAUCAUAAGAUAAUUAUACCAAAAAAUCAAAAUGCUGCUCAGCAAAUGUUUUUAAAACCAGGACUGUUACAAAAGCUUUAAAUAAGAGAGUGAUGCUGACAAAUUUAAUGAGCCACAUCACUAUCAACACUGUAUAUAAUACAACAAAAAUAAUCUUUACACCUUAUAGUGUUUAUCAAAGAUUUUAAUUUCAUAUGUUUAAAUGUUAUUGUUCUAUAUCCUGAGAUAAGAUAAGGGCUGCAUUUAGUUGUAUUCAUACAAAAAAAGGACAAAACAAGACUUUAAAAUGACUUAUAUUGAAAUAAACUUGACUAAACUCAAAUUUUUUUACAAACACUUUGGAAAAGAUGUCAUGUUCUUCAUCAUACGCAACAAAUACUGUGUAGUUGUCCAUGUUUUGUGGGGAUUGUAGUUUUUAGUUUUUAAUGAACAAUUUUACUGCUAAGUUAUUACAUAUUCCUAAGUUAUCUAUUACAGGUACACAAACUAUACAAAACACAUAAACAGAAUAUUUUCCUGCGUCAUUUUUGAAGCGUGUUCACCUGUUUUUGCCUUAAAUUGGAGCUACAGAGCAUUUAAGCAACCAUGUCAACUGUUCUGCCUUUAGUCCUCUAUAUAUUUUAUACAUUUGUGUGAAGCAGGCAGGCUGUUACAGAGCAAACUGUUAAUUAUUACUGAGGGUCUUGUCUGUCUCUUUUAUACUUCCAUGCUAUGCAGAACUUGAAUAUGUAUUUUAAUCUAUUUUUCAAAAGUGAUGCUUCAUCAGCACAAAGUGCUCCUCUGUCCACUCUGCUCUCAGGUGCUUACAUAAAACUGAAUGCGUAUUUUCUUUAAAACUCUCCGCUGAAGGUAUAUAAAGUGUUGCAUUAUGACUUUUUGCCUUCUACGUGGUUGGUAGGUAGAAUUUCAGAUGCUAUAUUUUGACAUCAUAUUGACCUUGAAUAAAGGGUAUGUUGGUGGCCUUUGGUUGGUCAGUACUGUUUUGGGUUCAUGUGCUGAAAUGCUCGUCUGAUGUGUCUCUUGUGGCUGAAAUUAUGUUGCAGUGCGUGUAUAGUGCAAAUAACAAAUUAUGUAUUUUCAAUUUAU